CUCUCUCUUCAUCCCAGGCAGGCAGACUCGCUCUCAGCAGCCAUGUCCUUCUCCAGAUCUAGCAUGUCCUACAGCAACAGUGGCGGUGGAGGCGGAGGUGGCACCAUGUCCAUGAGGUCUGGAGGUGGAGGUGGAAUGGGAAUGGGCUCCUCCCGCUUCUCCUCGAUGGGUGGUGGUGCUGGAGGAGGCCGUGUCACUGCCAUGAGGGCCGGCAGUGUGUAUGGAGGUGCAGGAGGCUCUGGGGUGCGCAUCUCUAGCUCCUCAUUCGGUUCCGGGGGUGGCGGCGGCGGUUGCGGUUAUGGUUUCGGCAUGGGAGGGGUUGGUGGCGGCAUGGGAGGGGUUGGCGGCGGCGGUGGCAGUUAUGGUUUCGGCAUGGGUGGGGGUGGUGGUGGCGGGGGUGGAGCCGACAUUAAUGUAUCGGCCAAUGAGAAGGCCACAAUGCAGAACCUGAACGACCGCCUGUCCACCUACUUGGAGAAGGUGCGCUUGUUGGAGGCGGCCAACGGCGAGCUGGAGCUGAAGAUCCGUCAGUUCCUUGAGAUCAAGACGUCCCCCAGCGCUCGCGACUACUCUGGCUUCUACGCUACUAUCGCCGACCUUCAGGACAAGAUCCAGGCUGCCACCUGCUUGAACGGAAGCAUCUAUCUGAACAUCGACAACGCAAAGCUCGCUGCAGACGACUUCAGAACGAAGUAUGAGAACGAGCUGGCCAUGCGUCAGUUAGUGGAGGCGGACAUCGCCGGGAUGAAGAGGAUGCUGGAUGAGAUGGCCAUGGCCAGAUCUGACCUGGAGAUGCAGAUCGAGGGACUGAAGGAGGAGCUCAUCUAUCUCAAGAAGAACCACGAGGAGGAGCUGCUGUCCAUGAGGACUCAGAUGACUGGACAGAUCAACGUGGAGGUGGAUGCAGCACCACAGGAGGACCUGUCCAGAGUCAUGGCUGAGAUCCGUGAGCAGUACGAGACCGUUAGUGCAAAGAACCAGCGUGACCUGGAGGCCUGGUUCCAGACCAAGACAGAGACGUUGAACCAGGAGGUGGCGUCCAGCACAGAGGUUCUCCAGACCUCCAAGUCAGAGAUUUCGGACAUCCGUCGUACACUGCAGGGCCUGGAAGCCGAACUGCAGUCACAGCUCACCAUGGUGAGCCUAUCUCACUUUCUCCUGGACUCUUAA